UUUCUAUUUAUUUUUUAAUUCUAUCUUAGGUUUUGAACGGCAGAGGUUUUCUUCCGCCCACCGUUCUUUUCGGUUGACCUCUCCACGCUAAUAAAAAACGCAAAAAAAAAGAGAAUAUUGCAGCAUUUCCCGAUGUAAACGGAGUAUCGCGAAUGUUCCCAUUCGUUUGCUGCUUCCAACAUAUUUCUCCGAUCUCCGAUCCCAAUUCCGGAACCCUAGCUUUUCGAUCCCACCCGCUUCCCAUGGCGCUCAAGGCCGUGCACGUCUCCGACGUCCCCACUCUCGAUCAGGUCCCGGCGGCCCCCACCGUCGCCCUCUCCUCCUCCCUAACGCGCCUUUUCAAAGGAGCGGCGGAGAGGCUGGUGGUGAUCGGGCAUCGGGGGAAGGGGAUGAACGCGCUGGCGUCGCCGGACCGGCGGCUGAAGGAGGUCAAGGAGAACUCGCUCCGCUCCUUCAACGAGGCCGCCCGCUUCAACAUCGACUUCGUCGAGUUCGACGUCCAGGUGACCAAGGAUGACUGCCCCAUCAUCUUUCAUGACAAUCUCAUACUCACCGAAGAACAUGGAAAUCUGUCCGAGAAGCAUGUCACUGAUCUGUGCUUGGGAGAGUUCCUUUCCUAUGGACCGCAAAGAGAUCCUGCGAAGGUGGGGAAGCCAUUGCUUCGGAAGACCAAAGACGGGAGGAUUCUGACUUGGGACGUCGAAGCAGACGACCCGUUCUGCACGCUGCAGGAUGCAUUCCAAGGCGUUGAUUCCCAUAUGGGCUUCAACAUCGAGUUGAAGUUCGAUGACCAUGUCAUCUACAAAGAAGAACAGCUUGCUCAUGCUCUUCGAGUCGUCUUGCGAGUUGUGUUCGAGUUCGCCGAGGAAAGGCCGAUCGUCUUCUCCAGCUUCCAGCCCGACGCCGCACGGCUAAUGCGUGGACUCCAGAACGUCUACCCCGUGUUCUUCCUCACCAAUGGAGGAACGGAGAUCUACAGAGAUGCAAGGAGGAACUCCUUGGACGAGGCAAUCAAACUGUGCAUGGCAAGCGGCUUACAAGGAAUAGUAUCCGAAGUGAGAGCCUUCUUCAGGAAUCCAGCAGCUGUAGCAAGGAUCAAGGAAUCCAAUCUCGCACUCUUAACAUACGGACAGCUAAAGUAA